AUGCUGGAUGAAUAAGAAGAGUUAGAGAUGAAACUACCGAAAUUCAAUCAGAAGAACAACUUCAAUAGAGGUAAUGCAGAUGACGAGAAUCAGUCUUACUAGCCUAAGUUUGAAAAGUAGCAGCAGCAUUAGCAAUAAAUUUAGCAAUCAAAUCUUGCUGUUGAAAGGUAAACACAUAUGAAUAUAAUGAUGGGAAACUCCAGAUCAUCUUAAAUGGAUCAAUCAAAUAAAUCGAGUUAACAAAUACACCAUGAUUUUAAGGAAGAUCAUAAUGUAGCUUAGUUUGAUCAGAAAAUUACUGCAAAAUUUGGAGAGCAAAUGCUUAACUCAAUAAGUAAAGUUGUCUAAGAAAAAACUAAGAACCCCCAUAAUGAAGAUUCUAGCACUAUAACCAAUGGCUUGUAUAACUCAUUUGAUGCUCCAGAGAGACUUUACCAAGUCAAACGCAUCUUCAAUGAAAAUGUUGCUCUUAAAAAAAAAUUUGUUCAAAAAACUAAAUUCACUUCAUUUGAGAAAAUCAGUGAUAAUUUGCAUUAACUACCAAAUUUCUAUCUUAAUAGAGAAAGAGUCAGCAAAUUUCUUGAUAUUCAUAAAAAUGAGGUAACGCCUAUAAAGAAUGAUUGGCAAGACAAAAAAAUUAUUCCUCUACUAGCCAAUGGUUUAGAUGCAGUUUUGAAAACACCAGGCAUUUAUCCUGUAGACAGUAUCAAUUAAGCUGAAAAAGGAAGACUUGGAAACUUCUUUACAAAAUUGCCCUAAUAUUCAUAAAUUAAUGAAGAUGCAAUUGCUCCUUACUAUCCUCCUGGCUAAGAUAAAAAUCUUUAAAGACUUUGUUACAAUAUGGGAUGUCGCUAUCUCAUGUCAACCUCCACAAUCUCAUCAGUACUCUCACAUAUUUACUUCUGCAUAUCCAACUUCAAAUCCCCUCAUUUCAAUAAUCUUACAGAAUCAUAUGAUAGAGAACCAUUGAAGUUUAUGAUUUCACAAAGAAAACCAAACACUGUCUUUUUGACUAAAGUAGAUAAGCAAAAGCGAAUCUAUUCAGUUGAUGGUGAUUCGGGGUUCAUUGAGCCCUCUAAUGUUGUCCUUCUAAAGAUGGGUAAAUACAUGGAAAAGAUGCUGACUGUUGAUCAUCAAACAUUCAGAGAUCAUUACAUAUUGGAUUCAAGAACAAACAAACCAAAUAAGGAAGUAGGUAAAAAUCAGUCACUGUUAGACCCAGAUUACUUCAAGUAUAUGAAAUCAGGUGGACUGUUUUUAAGAUCUUAGAUUGAUUGCCAAGGAAUUGAUAAGGAUGGUAAUGAAGUUGUAUUCGAGUUAAAAACCAGAGCUACUAGCGUUCUCAGAUAUGAAAUAGGAAACUAUUUAGACUUUUUGGAUUAUGAGAUUAUAAAAUAUAAGGGAAGAGCUUAGAGUUAUGAGAGAGAAUUCUAUGAUCUAGUAAGAGGAGGUUUCUUGAAAUAUAUUAUGCAGUGUAAAAUUGGCUAGAUGUCUGGUGCUAUGGUUGCUUAUCAUAACACCUAGAAGAUCUUUGGGUUCGAAUAUAUCAGCCUUUAAGAUAUGGAAAAAAGAGUUUUUGGUUGUUCUGAAUUCUCAGACGAAGUAUUUAAGAACUCCCUAGGUCUUGUUGAAAGAAUAUUCGAUUUUAUAUUGGAAGACUAGGAUGGCAUAGAUUCAGUUAGAUCAGAUUCGACAAAAGGAUCUUAGCAAAAUAAGAUCUUCAAGGUUGGUUUCUAUGCUAAUGAGCAGGAAAGACUAUUAAAUAUUAUGGUUGAGGUCUUUGACGAUGACUCUUUCUAUCAAGAGAGAUUUAGAAGUGUACUACCAGAGUAUAUGACAGAUCCUAUCGAUUAUUAUAUCUCACAUAAAAUUAAGCCAUAAGUAUACAAAUAUACAGUGGGGAUUUAUCCAGUACUGAAUGGAGUAUUCAUUGAUCAUUCACCAAUCCUGUUUGAGGCCGGUGACAGUUUACAAGUUAAAUAUCAAAUUCAAAAAGCUGGUAGAGUGGAAUUCAAUGAGUACAUGAAGUUCUUACACGAGGCUUACAAGUGUGAUACUAUCAAUAUAGAUAAUGAAUACGCAGGUACUUGGAGUUUUAUUGUAUGA